CUCUCCUUCUGGGGCUUCCAUGUGCCGUGACGGAGCCGGGCGGCGGGGGCGCGGGGCAGCGCUUGGGGAGGGCCGCGCUGCCCCGCCGGCAGCGGGGCCGGGUCAGCGGCGCAGCACCGAGGCUGCUCCCUUGAUGUGAAGCCGGGGGACACAGAAAUCAGAGGAAACACAGAAAUUGCAGAAUCACAGAAGUCAAAGAAUUAGUGAAGUCGCAGGAUCGCUGUAAUCAUAGAAUCACAGAGUGGGUGAGGUUGGAAGGAAUCAAUCCGGUCCCACCUCCCUGCUCAGGCAGGGCCGCCUCAGAACACAUAGCACAGGUUCUGGGGUAUCUCCAGUGAGAGAGAGACUCCUUCUCUGGGCAGUCUGUUCCAGCGCUGUCACCCGCAGUGUAAAGAAGUUCUUCCUCAUGUUCAGGUGGAACUUGUGCAACAGUCCCUGCCCGUUGCUCUGGUGCCCUGCCCGUUGCUGGGCCCCGGAGCAGAGCCCGGACCCUGCUCUGCCCCUCCCGGCACCCAGGAACAGCCAGGGCUGAGGGCUCCUCUCAGCUGAGGCUCCUCUCGAGGGUGAACAGCUCCCUCAGCCUUUCCUGGGCACGGAGAUGCACCAGUCCCUUCAGCAUCUUUGCUGCCCUUCACUGGAUGCUGUCCAGAAGCUCCGUGUCUCUUGUCCCGAGGAGCCCAGAACGGGCCCCGCGGGUUGCUCGGAGGUUUCCCGUGGCUGUGUCGCUUCCCACUCUGCCGUGGGCCGGGGGAGGAGGUGUGGGAUCCACCGGGGUUGUUUGGGGCUCAUGACAGGUCACGGGUGGCCACCGACGCUGUGCUUCACUCCCCCUUCCUACCGUCAAACCUCCUUCAGGAGCACCGGGAAGGGCUUGGAUGGAGUUUGGAAUCCUUCCUGCUUUAAUUUAUUUGCUACGGGAAAGAUGGAACAGAGAACAUCCCCCUUUUUUCCCCUGGAUUCCUUAAAAGAAGGAGACACCAACAAAUGGAACACAAAUUAACUUAAGCCUACAGGAGGCUGGAAGAGGGUAGGUAGGUAGAUACAUAAAGAUGUGUUCCAAACUAACUGCAUGGUGAUAAUUAAUGCUGGGAGUUGAGCACACUCAGGGAAAGUGGAGAAGCUGUGCUCUGCUUUUUAUCUGAUGUGUUUGGGUACAUUUUGGAGCAUGUUUGCUACUUAGCAGGGAACUAAAAUUCAGGCACAAGAGGUUUUAAAUGAAAGAUUCAAUAUGGGGGAGAAGAAGGCAGAACCGUUGGAUUUUGUGAAAGAUUUUCAGGAAUAUCUGACCCAGCAGACUCACCAUGUCAAUAUGAUUUCUGGAUCAGUUACUGGUGACAAGGAAGUAGAGACUCUCCAGGGAGCUGGGACAGAAGGUGAUCAGAAUGGUCUGGAUCAUCCUUCUGUCGAAGUUUCACUGGAUGAAAACUCAGGAAUGUUGGUGGAUGGGUUUGAAAGGACUUUUGAUGGAAAGUUAAAGUGUCGAUACUGCAACUACGCCAGCAAAGGAACAGCACGGCUCAUAGAGCACAUCAGGAUUCACACAGGGGAGAAGCCGCACAGGUGCCACCUGUGUCCCUUUGCCUCGGCCUACGAGCGUCACCUGGAGGCUCACAUGCGGUCCCACACCGGGGAGAAGCCCUACAAGUGUGAGCUGUGCUCCUUCCGCUGCAGCGACCGCAGUAACCUGUCCCACCACCGCCGCCGCAAGCACAAGAUGGUGCCCAUCAAGGGGACGAGGUCUUCCCUGAGCAGCAAGAAGAUGUGGGGGGUUCUGCAGAAGAAGACCAGCAAUUUGGGGUACAGCAGAAGAGCAUUAAUUAAUCUGAGUCCGCCUUCCAUGGUGGUACAGAAACCAGACUACCUUAAUGAUUUCACCCAUGAAAUCCCCAAUAUCCAGACUGAGGCGUAUGAGAGCAUGACAAAAACGACUCAGAGCGGUGGCUUGCCAAGGGAUCCACAGGACCUCAUGGUGGAUAAUCCUUUAAACCAGCUCUCCACGUUAGCAGGACAGUUGUCCAGCUUGCCACCCGAAAACCAAACUCCAGGCUCUCCCGACGUCGUUUCCUGUCAAGACGAAAAGCCUUUCAUGAUACAGCAGCCUGCUGCACCUGCAGUAGUUUCAGCUGUAUCAGCAAAUAUUCCUCAGAAUUCCUCUCCGACCAGCCCUGAUUCCCGGCCCACACACAAUCAAAGGAACUACAGUCCCGUGGCGGGGCCCAGCAGUGACCGCAGUGCCCACACCAGCACGCCCAGUAUCAGCAACAGCCAGCCGAGUACCCCGGCUCCAGCCCUGCCGGUGCAGGACCCUCAGCUGCUGCACCACUGCCCACACUGUGACAUGUACUUUGCGGACAAUAUCCUUUACACCAUCCACAUGGGAUGCCACGGAUUUGAAAAUCCUUUCCAGUGUAACAUUUGUGGGUGUAAGUGUAAAAACAAGUACGACUUCGCUUGCCACUUUGCAAGAGGCCAACAUAAUCAACAUUGACUGAGAACACGCUUUCAUUUAGUUUUUUAACAUAUUACAGUCUAUUUUUCAUACUUGCUGAUGGAAAGCUUGCACAUUCCCAUAAGGAAUCUUCACAUUAAUCAGUUCGACAGAGGAGGCAAAUUGAUUUCUGUGUUCUUGUAAAACUUGCCAGGGAAGUUUUGUAUCUGAUUCAGUUGCUGUUUUAUAUGUAGCCUUUAAAAAAAAGCCCAGAGUGCUAUAAGAGUUGGAAUGCAUUUACAUGCUGUGGUUGCUAAAUUUAAGUUGCUUGCACUUAAUCCCAAUAAACAUUCUGCAAGUGGAGAAGCAGAGUGUGUGUCCUGAUCCAUAGGAUGUCAUUCCCAGAUCAUUUAGUUGGCAAGACAAGAUACAUUAUCCAUAAAAUACGAAAGGUCAAUGCAAUGACACAUUGUGUAGAGAUAGGACAAGGAGGAAUGGCUUCAUGGUGACAGAGGGCAAGGUUAGAUAGGACAUUGGGCAGAAAUUGUUCCCUGUGAGGGUGGGCAGGCCCUGGCACAGGUGCCCAGAGCAGCUGGGGCUGCCCCUGGAUCCCUGGCAGUGCCCAAGGCCAGGCUGGACAUUGGGGCUUGGAAGCACCCUGGGACAGUGGAAGGUGUCCCUCCUUUAAGAUCCUUUCCAACCCCAACCAUUCUGUGACUUUGGAGAAAUCCUUAAAAACCUGGCUACUCAAACAAACAGAAGCAAUUUUCACACACAAAUUCAUUUUGAUGUAAAAGUUGCUUUAAUCUGAUGAAGGUUAAUAAUAGGUUUUUGUUUAGUAUAGUCUAAACUCUUGAUGCUAGGACUUAAAAUUUAACUAUUAGCACAAAACUAGAAGAUAACAGGUUAUUGUGAAUAAAAUUAAGGUAGGGGAAAAAAAAGCUAAAAGCCUGUCAUUCAUGAAUUAUAGAAACAAAAAAAUAAGAUACCUUAUUUUACCUACACUCUACAAAAUUUUACAUUGUUUUUCAGAGGAGGCAAUUUUUAAAGACAUAAUGUAGAGCCUGUAGAAUUAAUAUAUAUUCUGUGAGAUUUCUAACUGCCUUAAACCGAGCUGUACAGAUAUUUAAAAUUUGCACAAUUCGACUUCUGUCCUGCUGAUAGAAGUUCUGAUAGAAACAAACAAGAAGUUUACAAAUUAAAACUCCUUUGUUCAGUUUUAUGUUGGGCCAGGCUUCAGCUGCGAGGUUGCCUGUAUUUUUGAGAGUUGUAUAAUCCAGUUUAUUGGUACCUCUGGCUUUUUCUGGGCUCCAGGCAGGAUGCAAAGGAAAACUGGCUGACUACACUGAAGUUGUGUUUAGGAAUUGUAGAUGCAAAUGGUAACUGAAGUUGUUUAUUUUGUUUCAUAAUGUACACUCAUCUUUAGAAGCCCUCAGGCUAAAGGACAGGCACUUUAACAUAAACCUGAAUAAAACAUGUAAUUAAAAUUAAUAAUAACUUUAUGUGCUAGAUAAGAAUUUGAGACAUUAAAAGUAAAGGAAGAACUGUUACUUUUCCCAUAUUUAGACAUGCACUUUUACCUUGGUUUGUCCUACUUAAGACAAAUUAAAGCUUCCCUUAUAUAUUCUCCUUUUCCUAUUAACAUACCAUGUUUGCUUAAAAGCAAGGAUAUUUGAUUAAUGUUCCACAAGUCAGAGGUUGGACUCUGAAUAGCAAAUGUUUGGUUUAUUCAAAUUUAUAUUGUUAUGGGAGCUAAAACUUCCUGAAACCAAUGGAAAAACAGUGAUCAGGAUGAGCUCAAUGGAGGAAAACCACCUGUGUAAGAAUUUUAGCUGUAGAAGUAAUUUUGACUUUAAUUAAAUAGAAAUUUGGAUACCAGACAUGUUUCUGUCUACCUGAUUCACCUACUGUUGAAUUUCUGGGCUUGAGAGACAGGAUUCUUGGCUGUGCAGACUUAUAGUAAUGAGGUUGAAAAUCUGCCACUGAAGUGGUUCCAGUGUAGUGAAGAUGAACAAUAACACUGCCACUCUUAAAAUUUGUUUAGUUUUCAGGCCUGGUUCAGAAUUGAUUUUGCUGGAUUUGUAAGACAGAAUGUUUCCAUUUUACAUCGUGACAUUCUAUAAUUCCAAAAUAUUUCAUUGUUGCUUUAUACAUUUUAGAUUUAUAAGUAAAACUGCAAGUCUGUGUGUGUAAAUAUCCUUUAUUUUAAGGAGUAGAAGCUGAUUGAACUGGAAUCCAGUUAGAAGUUACUGCUCCUGGACAGGUUUUGGAAUCAAAAUUUUUUCCAGUCAAAGAGGGCAGAAGUGGUGGCAGUCUUUGGAUCACACAUUGAACAAUUCUACAAUUUAAAUUUGGCUCAAAUAUAAUGUUGGAAUAAGAGACAUUCCUCUUGAGGACUUUAUGAUUAUAAAUUUAUGGAAGUGGUUUUCCUCGCCUUUUUGAUAGAUGAUGCCAUCUCCUAUUCCCAAGCUCUGGCAUUUCCAAGGACACAGCUGUGGAUUGGUGUGUUCCAGGGAGCACCUUACAGUACUGAGUGAUCACAGCAGCCAAGUUCUGCUUGGUUUGUGGUUUUUUUCCUUCUUGGUAUCACAGGGAGAGUAAUUUCCACGUGCACAGAUGUGGUUUCUGACCCACUGGGGCUUCUUGGGAGGUUAACAUUGUUACAGGCUUUUCUUUGUCUCAUGAUUUGGUGAUUUAGAGAAAUGACUCCUGAACCACCAUGGCCUUGAGCGAAACUAAGGAUAGGUCUCUAAUGGAGGAGUUGGGAGCAGGAGGAAGCCUGUGAGAUCUCAUGGAAAAGGGACCCUUGUUCAGGAGGGGAUCCUGUUGUGGGGAAAUGUAUGUUCUUAAUAACAGAACUCAGUAUGAAAAAAUCUAACCCCAAGCCUUGCAAAUUGUUGUUUGGAAGGAUUUUCCUGCUGCUGCCUGGAUACCAUUGGUUCUGCUCAUGAGAAACUAAGGGAAAGAUUAAUUGGGAUAUCUGUGACUGGUUGAGGAAUGAAAAACCUCUUUUCCCUGUUUCCUUGGGCAAAGUCCUCAGUGCAGAGGUUGUUCUUGGGCAGCAGCAGCAGCUUUGGUGCUCAUCCCUUGGCUCUACAGCAGAUCCCUGGGGUGGAUCCCUGUGUCCUUCCCGGGACCAGGAUUGUUCCCUGAUCACACCCUGUGCUCAGUAGUGCCAAACAAUGCCCUGACACCAUUGUCCCCUUCUACCAACUGAGGAGCUUUGGAAGGUGUAUUUUCCUAUUUUUCAUAAUUUAUAUAUACUAUUGACUGUAACUGAAAGACCAGAGUUGGUACUGGCAAAUUCUUUCCAAGUAUGAUCCCUUGCACAAGCAGGCCUUACCCAGAGUCAGUGAGAGAGGCUUGUCCAGGAUUCUGGGAUGGAGCCCUUAGUUAAAAGAACUUUUCAUAUUGAGUCCUCCAUGUGCUACACUGCAAUUACUUGGUUUGUUUUUCUUUGUUUUUCUUUGUUUGGUUUGGUUUUUUUUAACCCAAAUCCUUAUAUUCUAAGGUAAUAGGUGAUUAGCAUUUUAACUGUUAUUAAGGGAAGUUUGGGAAGGAGAUGGAAUUUUUCCAUAGCUCAGUUCUGUUAAGUUCUGUAGUUGCAAAACAUGAACUUUGUGGGGGUUUUGUUUUUGUCAUAGCUUAUUUUAUAAUUUUGUGGACAUUUCUAACAUGCACUAUUUAUAGGACUCAAUACACAUUUACUGUUUUGAGAGUGAAUAUUCCAAUGGAUAUUUGAAUAUUUGAACAUCUUCAUUAUCUCAGUUAAUACUUAAACUGUGAGGGAGGCAAUAGAAAAAAUAGUUGUUUUUUCACAGACACAUUUUUAGAUGAAGAGGAUUUAGACAUAAAAUGUUGAUUGGCAUUUUAAUAUAAAACUCAGUGCUGGGAGACACUUUCCAGCAGUGUUUUCCAACUAAAUAAUCUGUUACUGUUUGUUUUGUUCCAGAAUGUUUUGGGGGUUUAUUUUUGUUUCUUUUUGACAAAGGGAAUGUAAUUUAGAAGUCUUCACUGGCAAGUUUUCUACUAAUUUUAAGCAUCUUUGAAAAUCUAGAGCAAAUGGAUGUUCUGCUGCAGGAAAUCUCUCUCCUGCUAAAACAUUUUUCAUUGAGCAAUCUUUGUGUAUGUUCUUCUAAGUACCUACUUUGUUAAUAAUAUCUAUUUCACUGUAAAGAGCAGACUUUAUGCAAAAAUGAAACUUGUUAAGAGUUGUAAAAUAAAUUUUAAUGUUAGUGAACGUUUUUGAGAUGACAAGGUUAAUUCUGAAAUAACUCCAUCUCGUGUAGUUCAUGUUGUGAAGCUUUGCUUUUGUAAGAUAUGAAUAAAAUAACACUUUCUAA